UUCCCUGUGCGCUAGAUACCUUGUUGCUGACAUCUUGGCCCCAGUACAGGGAACGAACGGCACUGCAUGCUGCAUUUUUGUCACAUCCUUUUUGGCGUUUCCGGUACACUAGCGACUGGCAGCAUUCCGUCUUACCGCCUUCUCAUCCGGUACUUAAAUGAUCCGCUCUUGUCAGGUCCUCGAUAGUCUUCGAAAGGGAGAGAGGUCUAUGCCGCGCCUUGGCGUUCUGGGACAACGAUACACUGUCUGUUUCUUUGGGGAACUAUGUAGAAGGUAGGGAGGGCGAAGGUCCGGCCUCGAUGCUCCAGAAAUCGCCAUCUAUCAGGCCCCACCCGGGCGCCAGUGAAGGCCCGGAAAGGUUCUGAAGUGGGGCACACCUCCGGCACCCGAUCAUUUUCGGGUGUGGCGCAUCCAUGGCAGAGGAACGAACUACGCCCGGCCAUGCUGCAACUUGCUUUUCCCGCGUUCAUCGCGCGGCCCUACUGCCAAUGCCAUCACAUCGUCACCUCGCCAAACCCUUUCCCUUUUUGGGUUGUAUGACUCUUUGCAAAUUGCGGGAUGCUGCUGUCAAUUUAGGCAACCGUCGGCAACCCUGCUGUGCCGCAAGGCAUCGCGGCACAGCACAGCUGGAUGAUGGUCCGCCAGCAGGGGUUUCGCAGCAUUUGCAAGAACUAGGAAAUUUCGCGCCGGGUGCCUGAACUCACCGCUGCUCCUCUUGCUUCUUGACCGCUGAGUAUUUAAUCAACGAGGUUUUUCUGUAUUGACCGCGCAGUGCGUCCGCCGCAUCCGCAUCUCAAAGAACCAAUUUCACUGCUUGCCUACGAGAGCUCAUCUCCCCAUCAAUCUACCCAUCCUUCGACCAUGCAUCUGUUCAAGGUCUUCUCUCUAGUAGCGGCUGUCGUGCCCGCCGCCCUCGCUCAAGGCUAUUUCGGCACUCCCCUACCCACCUCCACCGCGGCCGACGAGUACCUCUCCAUCCACGUAAAAUCCAUCCCGAGCACCGUCACUGGCGCCGUCGCCACCUCCCUCGCCAGCGCGCUCUACAGCGUCGAUCGCAAGUACUUCGAUGACAAGGAGUGGACAACGGUCUACUCGCACAUGUGGUCCGCCGCCGCCAAGGCCACCAACGCGCCCGAUGUUGUCGCGUCCAUGGCCGUGGAGGGGUUUAGCCUGGACGACCAGCAGGAGUCGCAGUGGUGGAAGGACAACGUGCCGGACAAGGACGACAAGUGGGUCUCGUCGUACAUCUCGGACUGGCAGAAGGCCUGGCAGGAUACUGUGGUGACCAAGACAUCCAAAGGCGGCGCGCCCAAGUGCACCGGCAUGGCCAUCGCAGGAGUCGCAGCGGGAGUGGCUGCUGGUGUCAUGGUUGCAAUCUAGAGUGGUUGGUAGACAAAUCGGUACGGCAAUGAGAUAUAAUGUACUUCAGAUACGUUUAUGACACUAUGGGGUUUCAAAGGUUUUCA